AUGUAAGUAUUAAUUCAUGCUUUAUCUCAUUAUCCUGACCCUUAAAAGAGACCUAAUGAAAUUAAAGCUUAAAUUUCUGAGGCUUUAGAGCAAAUAAAGUUUUUCGCUGAAUUCUUAAGGGGCGAAAAAAUCAAACAAAAUGCUCGUCAUUUACUUUUAGAAUUUUCCAAUUAUUUAUCCUUAGAAAGUUUCAAAAGUGGAGAAAUAAUUUGUCGAGAGGGUGAUAAAGGAGACAAAUUUUAUAUUAUACUUCAAGGCAAUGUUAGUGUAUACAGAAAAAAUGUCAAUUCGAAUUAUGAACCGAAUUCUGUGUUGUCAGAAUAGAUUUUUAUGGACUAAAAUGUAAAGAUCGGUCACCUAAAAGAAGGUGAAACUUUUGGUGAAUUGGCUCUCUCAUUAAAUAAGCCUCGUUUUGCUACUAUUAAAGCACAAUCAACAGUUAUCCUUUGUAGUCUCAGUAAGGACAAUUAUGCUAAAAUGACUAAUUACAUGUAAAGAGAAUUGAAUUUGAAGACAAAUGCUUUGGCUACUUUAUUUCCGAAAUUAUCUAUAAAUUCUUUGAUUCGUCUUGCUUAUCUUUUGUAGAUUCAAAUCUUCCCCAAAAACCAUUGCAUUUAUAAGCAGGGAGAAAUUGCUUCUGGGUUCUACAUUCUUUCAGAUGGAGAAGUCAAAUUAGAAUAAAUUUCCAAAAAUUCUACUUAAAUAUAUAUACCAAUUAUGGUUUUAACUCCGGGCAGUCUUUUUGGUGUAUAAAAUGUGCUAAAGAAUUAACCAUAUGAUAACUAAGCCAUCUGCCUAACUUAAAAGGUUACGGUGUACAAAUUUACUUGCGAAUCUUUUGAAUAACUUGGAGACGAUUAUAGUAAGAAAGCUUUACAGGCAGCCGAAUAGACUUGCAGAAGAGAACCUAAAAUAUAAAGUUUAUAAUUGGUUUACUAGCCUGAAAUAAAACUUGAUGAAUAGAAUAAAUAAAAUCCAAAAAAAUAAAGAACAAUAAAAUCUAAUGGAAAACAAUAGGAGAGGUGUAGGAAGUUAAGAUCAAACAUUAUCUAAAAUUAGAUUACUUUUAGAAAUCCAUUUUUUACUGAUUUAGAUGCUGACAAUUUCAAAUAGAUAAAAAAGAUAUCAAUUGAACAGAUCAAACAAGCUGAUGUUAAGAAAUACAAUUAAUAAUUUGCAAUAUAAAACUACUUUGAACCUAUUGAAUUGGCUCCAAUCCUAGAUUCAAUAAAAAGAUAGAAGAAUGCAAAAUGCUUAAGUUUUGCCUCAAUAAGAGAAAACACAGCAAAUUAAACAUCCAUGUACUCAUAUCCAGCAAGUGGAUACAACACUGCAAGAGUAUUAACAUUACCCUCCCCAAGUCAUACCAGACAUACAUCUCAUUCAAAAAAAAGUAGAUUUUGA